AUGUCUGAAGCGAGCCACUCAUAUCAAAUAUGGUUUAAAUAUGAAACUGGACAGCAAACUAGGCUCACGUUUGGCGGAGGAAUUGUUGAAGAUAAAGAAGAAAAAGUCAAUUCCAUCUCUUCAAGUGUAGUUUUCCGUGUUCUAGGCAUCGCACCUUCUAUUACACAACUUGAUGCUAGUGUUUUAUCAGAAUGGAAUGAUAUAAAAUUGGAGGAGACAAUCUCUACAACUGCUUUCUUAUUCACCAAUGUUUUGCGAGGUCCCAGCGUCUCGGGAAAUACUACCACACUUGUUCAAAGUGCACAAUGGCUUCAUGGAGCAGAAAAAAUUUUUACAAAAGAACUCUUGCAGGUCCCCAUCAUAUUUUUGAUUGAUCAAUGCGACUCAUUAAUGUUGCCUCAACAGUGUCAACUCGAACCAAAUGCCGUACUGGCUCAGAAAAAACCAGAAGAAACACGAUAUAGCAAUAUGACUAUUGGAUCCUCAGCAAAAAUGUGGGGUGUCCCAGCAAGCUGGAAAUUUUCAGGCAUGGUCGUGUUUGAUGGUAUGAAAUAUCGUCUUGUCUGGAGCAAGCCAUUUAAAAAACAUUUGAUGAUCAUCAUUUGUGGUGAUCCCGUAUCAUUAUCAGGAGACCUAACCUUUAUUUCUUACCAUAAUUUAACGAAUGGAAGAUGA